GAUUCCUUCGCGUGCCCUCCAUGAGCACUGUGCGUUUUCCUUUGGAUUCUUGGUUCCCAAAAACCGAAGAGAAACUCAAGCGUAUUCUACGCGAUGCCCCCCCGAAGCCAGCCCCUCCGCCGCCUACGGACAAUGAGUCACCAAGGACGGAUGUCGAGCUCCAAACACUACCCGCACAUGAACACUGCAACGGCAACCUGACUCCAGCGACGCACAUGGACUCUGCAGCUCCCUGA